GUUAAAGUAAGCGACAUAAUCGAGGAUCUUAACCACGUCAACCCCCCCAAAAGCCCCAGCGUCAAGCACCUUGUCGCCUCUUCCGCAUACGGCUGGGAAGACUCCUCCGACUUCGACGACCAGAAUACCGAGAAGUGGUAUCCGCAGGGCAUCACCACGUCCGCAGAUGCAUAUCAAAGUGGAACGUAUGAGGGGCACAGAGUGCAGCUUGUGACGUGGCACUCGGAUCAUUACGAGGACGGGAAGAGAGGGGCGAGAGUGAGUUUCGUGAAGCAGGGCAGUGCGAGCGCGAGGAAGUACAGACAUGUCUUGCUCGUGCAGCCAAAGGGUGAGGACAACUUCGAGGCCAUCAAGGGUCUGCAUGCCGGCGGAGUGGCGUGGUAUGGUAACUUAGUCUACGUGGUCGACACCACGGGCGGACUCCGCGUAUUCGAUCUCAACCAUCUCUACAAGGUCGAUGCAAGUAUCAAGGACAAGAUUGGGCGGCAGUCUGGCGGGAAGUACGCCGCAUAUGGAUACAAAUACAUCCUCCCGCAAGUCCGCACCUAUACAUGGCAGCCCAAAUCCGGCCUCACAAACAUGCGCUUCUCCUUCAUCUCACUCGACCGCACCACAACUCCCGACUCGCUCCUCAUCGGCGAAUACCACGCCACGCGCACCGACUGCCGCCUCGUGCGCUGGGACGUGGACUACACGACGCGCCUGCUCAAAACCUCCAACGGCCUCGCGACCGCCUCGCAGGCCGUGUCGCACGGGAACACGAAGAUCCAGGGCGCGGCGACAAUCGAUGGAAAGUUCUUCCUUACGCAGAGCGGCGGCAGCUUGAUUAGCUACUCGUGGAAGGGCGGUAAGAAGACGACGGCGGACACGUUUCCGAAGGUACCCGAGGAUUUGAGCUAUGAGAAGGGCGUGGGGCUUUGGUCGAUGAUGGAGCAGCCCGGGUGGAGGAGUGUGGUU